CUCUUAAGCCAGUCUGGCGCACGCCUCGACGUACUUAGCCAUCGAGAGCUGCUACUUAUGCAUGUUAAAGUUGUGAUUGAUAAAGCGGAAGGAAUGAUGCGUCAGAAUAACAGCUAUGUCCCCUCUACCCUCGCCUUCUAUCCUGAACACACUCCUAGAGUAAUUUUAUCAAAUGUUUGUACACCAUACGCCUCGCGGCAUGAUAUGACAUUAGCUGUAUAA